AACAACUUCUAAACUGCCUUCCCCGCCGGUAAGCAAACCACCACCACCAGCAUCGGGCCCUAUUGAUUCUUCACCUCUGCUCGCGGCGACUAUCAUGGACAGGCGUACUCCCUUUACUUUGAGCGUUCUUGCUCCCAGCACAGAUGGAGCCGGGGAGUCUCGCACACAAAUCCAGCAGCGGCUGCGAGAUUUCAUCCUUGAAUUCCAGCUAGACAAUGCCUUCAUCUAUCGAGAUCAACUCAGGCAGAAUGUUCUCGUCAAGCAAUACUACUGCGAUGUCGAGAUGACACAUUUGGGUAAUUACGAUGAAGAGCUCAAACACAAGGUCUCCACGGAACCUGCAGAGAUGAUACCCCUUUUCGAGGCUGCUCUUCAACAAUGCACACAGAGAAUUGUCUACCCGGGUCAACGUGACAUCGAGCUGCCUCCCCAUCAAUUAUUGCUGCGCUCUACCGAGAACUCUCGCUCGAUCCGUGAUCUUAAUGCGAACAAUAUCUCUCAUCUGAUCCGUAUCCCGGGCAUCGUCAUUGGUGCUUCGACAAUCUCGUCAAAAGCAACCCUGGUCCACAUCCGAUGCAAGAGCUGCGAACAUACCGAGAACAUUCGGGUGGAAGGCGGAUUCUCCGGUAUGACCCUGCCUAGGCGCUGCGGGCGAGAGCAACAGCCGGGUGAUCAGCCGGGAGAAAAGUGUCCGCUAGAUCCCUAUGUCGUUGUGCAUGAGAAGUGUCAGUUCGUCGACCAGCAAGUCUUGAAGCUACAAGAAGCCCCCGACCAAGUGCCUGUGGGAGAAUUACCACGUCAUGUGCUUGUCUCUGCAGAUCGCUACCUGGCAAAUCGAGUGGUUCCCGGAUCGCGGUGCUCUAUCAUGGGUAUCUUCUCCAUCUACCAAGCCAAGGGUGGCAAGAAAGAUGCGGCCGUAGCUAUCCGGAACCCUUACAUGCGAGCGGUCGGUAUCGUCACCGACUUGGAUCACACGGCCAAGGGGAACGCGAUAUUCUCCGAGGAAGAAGAACAGGAGUUUCUUGAAUUGAGUCGCAGGCCGGACCUGUACGAGGCGCUUACCCAAAGCAUUGCCCCGUCAAUCUACGGGAAUCUGGAUAUUAAGAAGUCGAUUGUCUGUCUGUUGAUGGGUGGUUCGAAGAAAAUUCUCCCGGAUGGAAUGAAGCUCCGUGGAGAUAUCAACGUGUUGCUCCUCGGUGACCCUGGUACUGCCAAGUCUCAGUUGUUGAAGUUUGUCGAAAAAGUCGCCCCUAUCGCUAUUUACACUUCUGGUAAAGGUUCAUCGGCCGCUGGUUUGACUGCUUCAGUGCAGCGCGAUCACCAGACUCGCGAAUUCUAUCUUGAAGGCGGAGCUAUGGUUCUUGCGGAUGGUGGUGUGGUCUGUAUUGACGAGUUUGACAAGAUGAGAGACGAGGACCGCGUAGCCAUCCAUGAGGCUAUGGAGCAGCAAACCAUCUCCAUUGCCAAGGCUGGUAUCACAACGAUUCUCAAUUCGCGAACCUCGGUUUUGGCUGCCGCAAACCCCAUCUUCGGCCGAUAUGACGACCUCAAGACUCCUGGAGAAAACAUUGACUUCCAAACGACCAUUUUGUCUCGAUUUGAUAUGAUAUUUAUUGUCCGUGACGAUCACGACCGCAACCGUGAUGAGAACAUUGCUCGUCACGUCAUGGGUGUCCACAUGGGAGGCCGUGGUGUUGAAGAGCAAGUGGAGAGUGAGAUUCCGUUUGAUAAGAUGAAGCGAUAUAUCAGUUACUGCCGAACUCGUUGUGCACCUCGUCUAUCCCCCGAAGCUGCGGAGAAGCUAUCCUCGCACUUUGUCUCGAUUCGGAAACAGGUUCACCGGGCCGAACUUGACGCCAAUGCUCGUUCCUCAAUCCCCAUUACCGUCCGUCAGCUCGAAGCCAUCGUUCGUAUCACAGAAUCUCUUGCAAAACUUUCUCUGUCCCCCGUCGCAACAGAGGCGCAUGUGGAUGAGGCGAUCCGCUUGUUCUUGGCUUCUACUAUGGACGCCAUCACCCAGGGCGAAGGACAGGGCAGCAAGGAGCUCAUGGAGGAAGUGACCAAGAUUGAAGACGAGCUGAAGCGCCGCCUACCUAUCGGGUGGAGCACCAGUCUGGCCACCCUUCGGCGCGAAUUUGUCGAUGGAAGAGGAUACACGGAGCAAGCCCUCAACCGGGCUCUUGUCGUUCUGCAGAGAAGAGAUACGGUCCAGAUCCGCUCUGGCGGAUCCCAGAUCUACCGCAAUGGUGUCUAAAAAAAUUAUCUCUCUAUUUUUUUCCAUCUCUGCUUUAACGACAUGACACGAGCGCUUCUAUUCACUAUACCAUGCAUGUGCUAUGGCCGUUUUCUUUAGUGUAUCUGCUUAGGCUGUGGAGUGAUGGAGAGGGGGGAACAUGGGCAAUACUCUGGAAUUACAUUUGUCUGGGGAUAUUCCCCUCACACAGCGAGGAAUGGCGUCGGGCGUGUCUACUGUUUUUUGUGGUGGAUUGAGAUUUAGAAGUCCUAUAGGAUCUAACCAUGAGUAAAUUAAAAUAGGAAGCAUACGGAAUCUUUUAAGAAGAGGAUGCUUACUAUUGAUGCAUCGACAACGCUGGAUUUCUGGUAUGCAUUGCUUUCUUUAGACUUACCCAG